GAACCGGCUUGGCUCCAAGGCGGUAUAUUCCCAGUCGCUUAUCCGCCAUUGGCGCCUCUCUCUCUCUCAUACACAAAACACAGAGGAAAGAAGAAAUAAAAGAAGCAGCUGGCUCCUGCGUCCUUGGCCGAUCCUAUACCUAUACAUAUACAUAUAGGAAAGUAACCUUGUUUGUUGCUUAUUUUCUGCAAGUGGGUGACUGAAAUUGUUCUGGAUUCAACUGGGUUCUUGUUCCUAAAGGAAUAAGAUUCGUGGAAUUAUAUGGAGAUGGGGAGUAAUAUAAGGGAAGAAAUCAUGAUUUUGGAUUUAAACCAAGAGCCUUUAGACCAACUGCCUGAUUCGGUGAUCGGAUUAGAUAACAUACUCGAUGAGCUUGAAACUGCCCAUGGACGCAUUGAAGAACGUAUCAGACAACUAGAAGCAGUCACUUCCAGGGCUAGGCAGCGUCAGAGGUGGCGACAAGCUCAAAUUUCCCCUCAAAUUGUGAAUAUCACUGCUGGUGUUGUUGCUUCUGAUACACAAAACGAACACAGUCAGAAUGAGGACGAUGCUCCAGCUGCCCGAGAAACAGUGGAAUCUGGCAAAACCAACAGAGGUGAUAACAUGCAUUUGAUAGCCAAGGCACUGGGGAUGGAUACAAAUGUGAAAAAGGCAGAGCCUCAUACUGGGAGCUUUUUUGAUUGUCAUAUAUGCUUGGAUAUGGCAAGAGAUCCUAUAUUGACAUGUUGCGGUCAUUUGUUUUGUUGGCCUUGCUUCUAUCAGUUGUCGUAUGCGGAUUCAAAUGCAAAGGAAUGCCCCGUGUGUAAGGGAGAAGUAACUGAUACAAGUCUGAUUCCAAUUUACGGGAAUGGGGAUGGUAAAUGUUUUCGCAAGUCAAACGAGUCUGUUUCAAAGGCCCCUCCUAGGCCCCCUGCACACAGGAUUGAGGGUUUGAGGCAGCAGCGUAUUAGGCGGGGCCCAUCUUCUACAUUGAUUGAAGAAAGGAUUCAGCAACUUAGCAACAUAGUUGGUUCAAUGGGGGAGAGAAGACGGUCACGGGAUAGUUUCCAUGCACAAGUCAUGGCUGAAAGAACUAGUUUCGUGCCCAGCCAGGACCAGACAUCACAGGCAUCACCUGCCACUGAGACAAGAAACCAACACCAGCAUGAUUCCCUUCAAGUUUCAAGAUUAUUACUACAAGGAGCCGCUUCAGUAUCUUCCCUUUCAUCAGCAUUGAAUACUGCAUUGGAUUCAGCAGAAAGAUUAGUCGAGGACCUCGAGGAAUAUAGUAAUGGUCACCAUGUUAGAAGAAACCGUCAUCAAUCUUUACAUAUUGAUAAUGGAGAUACAUCUGUGAGCAUUGCUGCAGUUAUACAACCAGAAACGCAGACUUCUGAUACUGCUGCUGAAAUCAACUCUGAUGCGCUCCCCUCUGCUUCCUUUAUAAGAACUGAUACCAUUAUUGUGGAUCAGCCAACAGGUUCAGAAACAAAUUUUGCAUUGCAUCCCUCAUCUUCUAGGAGAACUAAUUCAAGAGGUUCUGAUUCAAACAAUGGAUAUACAUCUGAACCUAGAAGGAGAAGGUUGAGAUAAACAAAAAGCUGUUUCCUGGAGAUAUAGAUCAAUAUAAUACAAGGUUCCUCAUCAUCAUCCUGCAAACUUUUUUGUUUGCAGAAGGUUUCCGAAUUUAGUUCAUAUGGCUGUGUUUGGCAACCAUGUAUGAAGUUCUGACUGCUGUUAAAAGCAUUUUUGAAUUCAUUCUGUAAAAAGGUACUGAAAUUUGAUGUAUGGCAUCUGGGCUAUCUAUAAGAGCACCUUUUUGUCCUCUUUCCAAGAAUUGAACUUUCCAUGGAAGAAUCUUUCGGUGUUGUUCUCUUUCAAAGGAUAUAUUGAGGAUAGUUUCUGGUGUUAUGCCAUGGCACAGGGUCCUUUUUGUAUGCCAAAGAGCAGUCUAUAUUUGUAAGUCUUAUAGGUGCUAAUUCUUGAUUCUGUAUGCUUGUACAUGCUUUAUAUCUUGGUAAAUAUAUAUGUACUACUACUAGCUUUUGAAACUGUCAGCUGCUAGUUCUUUAAACUGAUACUUUCUUGGAUUUUAUUAUGACAAGUCCAAAACUAAUGGCUGGUUGUGGCAUUAUUUUGCUGACCAACUCUACUUUCGUUGAGUUUACUUGAUCCUUCGAUUAAUUCUGCAUUAAGUUAUCAGGCACCAUUAUUCAUAUUGUAUAUUUUGGUUGGAUGAUCAAGUGUUAAGAUAAGGUCAUUUGAGUUCAUACCAUUUGCCACCCAAUCCUCUAGGUUUGGAAGUAGAAAUAAAGAUAAUACGAUGGCAUUUUUCAAUGCUAAACAUUGACUUCUUGAAAUACCUUGGACAUGCAAGUGGUAAGAAGAAGAUUAGGAUUGCCAAUUUUUUCAAUUGAUUUGUGAGGGAUGUUGACAUUUAGCUCUAAAGAGAAAGAUUUCAGUUAGGGCUAUACUUUGUAAUAAGAACCUAUUUCUAAUGUCUUUUAAGAUGGCAGAAAUGUGACAAGGUAGCAAAUCUUAUCACUCAAAAUGGAAAGAAAAAAAAAAUUGGAAACAGCUGGUUGUCAGUCGCGUUCUUUUUGGUCUUCGUAGGUUUUUAAGUUGAAAGUCUGUACAUCAGUAGGCGUCUAAUUAAUUUUCAAAAUACAUAUGAAAACUACUCGGUCAAUGUUUGGUGCAUGAGUUUGGGCUGCCAAACUCUGAAAGUUCGAUCACUUUCCUGUUAAGUAUCCUUUGGAACAAAAGGUCGAUUUCCCAUAUUUAGACUCAAAUGCUAAUAAAUCCUGAGUGGUUUUCAAUCUUUGAUGGGCUGAUAUUCGGUUUGUAGAUUUCUCACUCUGUUAUUUUAUGACCUUAUCCUUGUCGAUGCUGGAGUUAGUUACUUUUAUUUGUUCCAUAUUAGGGCAUAUAUCGUCUAUUUUGUUGUCUGACUCGCCAGCUUCAGUUAUGCAUAUUGGUGAUUUAUAAGAUGCCAUAAAUUACAUUUAUAGAACAUCAAGUUUCUGUCUUUUCUGUCUUCGUGCAAGUUUGAUACAGUGCAUGAGUUACAAUGAGCAAUUUGUUUUUUACUGUGAUCAGGGUCAAGUAUUUGUCCUUUUGUAUGCUAGUGAUCACCUAAACAAGUAUCAUACAUUCACAGCUAAAAAACAGACUAUUUUUCUUGUUACCAGGGGAAAGUCAUUACCAUAUCCUGGAAUGAGAAAUAAAUGUUUAUGGAUAGAAAAUGAUCUCGUUCCACUUCCCCUCUCUUAGUAGUAGUUCUUUCAUAGAUCAUUGAAAGUAGUUAUACAAUGAAGAAGUUACUCAUUGGAAACAUCGAUAUGAUUAUGUAAGGUUGAAAAUGAAGAUGACUUAAAAGAGUGUGAGUCCAUAUCAAAAUAUUUAAUGUGAGAUUUUAUGAAGAUGCACCAUCUUUUCAAUGAAUUUCUCUGGCUUGAUGCUUAUCUCUUGGUCGUUCAGUUCUUCUUGUGGCAUACUUCAGAUCUGUGUUGGUUUAGAUGUUUGCCUCAAUUGUGGCCAUCGACUCGAUCAUGGUAAAUCACCUCAGUUAUAUAGAUGAGUUAUUGCCGCAAGGUUGUUUUUUGGUUUCAGUUCAAAAUUCAAAUUGAUUGACAUUGCUUGAAGGGACGUGGAAAUAGACGACAAAAGAAGUUUAUUGGAGUGGAUAUGGUUGGUUUACAACCCGAUUUUAAAGAGGUAUUCUUUAUAUUUUACAUGCAAAGUACGCCAGUGUUGAAACCAUGGUUAUUUCUUCUCUGGUAAAUAGAUUUUUUUCGUAAACUUUAUCUCUCUCUGAAGUGUCAACCCUGUCCCUUGGAUUCUUAAAUCACAUAGAGUUGAACCCCUAACGGUUAGUUUGAUAUAAGUAUGCUCCAUUAACCUCAUCUGCUUACUUGUUUGCUAUGUUGCUCAAAGAACUGAUUAUUGCAUAAUGCCGUAAAAGCUUUGAAUGUUUCUGUUUCAGGAGUGUGAUUGCUGCUGUUGAAAUUGAAAGCGCAAGUUGCAGCUGACUGAGAUUAAGGUGCGAUUGCAUUGCAUGUAAUUGUGGUGCUGUGUAUUACAUUUUGCAAGAUUUAUUAGAUUUGAAUCGAGUUUAUUCCUCUCAAAAGAGAAGUAUACAAUGUUGGUAGACAAAUGCAUAAAAGGCAUAUAUAAAGCCCCAAAUCUAUCUGAGCCUAAACAUAUGUAACAGAUUUGUUUGGGUAUUGGUUGAGGGAGGUGGCUCUCGAACACAUGUUCAACGCCUUCUCCUCCAAUUUUGGUACACGAUUAUUAUCUGUUUAAGUUUCUUAAGCAUUCGCUGCCAUUAAUUAAUGUUAUUUAUCUUUGGAAAGCAAA